AUGCUCAACUCCAACGACGAAGCCCUCGAGAGGGAAAACGACGCCAAGGCGCCGCCAUCGUCCGAUCACAAAGGAUCUAGGGUUUCCCCCGGAGCUGAAUCCAUGCGGGAGGGUGCGGCAGCAAUGCGGCGAUGCCUCCAAGAAGGUCUACGACGGCCACAGCCGACGCCAUCGUCGGUCACCGACCAAAGGCUGAGACAGGGUCUUCACCCAAGCUCCCAAACAUCCACCCGCACCGCCAUCGACAAGUCCACCAAGCACCACCGCCGAGCCAGCUCGCAGUCGAAGAAGCCCCACCGCCGAAGCAGCCAACCGCACCUUGCGGAGACCGCCGCCGGCCACCGGCAAGUGACGAGAGGUCUGCAGCCCGAGGCCAAGAACCACCUCGGAUCCCAGCCGCAGCCAAGCUCCAUACGCGCACCACACGCGCCCACCGGAGGACGGAGACAGCAGAUUCGACGGACAAAGAAACAGCCAUGCUCCAUCACCACAAGACCGCUCCACCAUGUCGCACCAACAGCACCGCAACACAGCCGGACCCCUUGUGCCGCUCAUGCCUCGCAGAUCCACCAAACUCGCCCGUGCCUCGCCCAGCACGCGGCCACCGGCGCAGCACCGCCUUGCGCGGGCCCUUGUGCGCCCUUGCCGCGCCUCACGCACAACCGCGAGACGCGCCGCCACUGCUCCCCAACACGCACGCGCGAGCCUCCGCCCCGCCCCUCACUCCAGAUCCGCGGCACAUGCAGCAGCACCGCGCAACCGCAGCGUCGCAAUGCCCUGGCCGCGGCCGCCGCGCCGCGCGCACCCCUGGCCGUGGCCGCCGCGCCGCCACGCACCUCUGCUCGCCAAAAACCAGUGCACCGACAAGGCCCUACUCCGGGACCCAAAAUACUUCCAGGGUCUCGAACGCAAAACCUUUUAACAGCAGCAGAAAGGAAAAAAAAAACGAUUUUUGCAAUCGGAAAUAUAGCUCGCACGCACGGCCUCCCCUCCCUCCCCGUCGAGAUCGUUCUCCCGUGCUCCCCUCCGGCUCCGUCCACACUCGCCAGCUCCAGAUCUCCAAACCCUGACCCCCCCGCAUGCCAUCGCACUAGCCCGCCCCUCCCCCCCAUGGCGCCGCGUCUCCUUCUCCUCGCCCUCGUCGCGGCGGCCGUGGCCGUGCCGCCGGCGAGCGCCGCGGUGGCGAGCAUCGACCUGGGCUCCGAGUGGCUCAAGGUCGCGGCCGUGCACCUCGCCCCGGGCCGCGCGCCGAUCGCCGUCGCCAUCAACGAGAUGUCCAAGCGCAAGUCCCCCGCGCUCGCCGCGCUCGCCGACGGCAACCGCCUCGCCGGCGAGGAGGCGGCCGGCAUCACCGCGCGCCACCCGGCCAAGGUCUUCUCCCGCAUGCGCGACCUCCUCGCCAAGCCCUUCCCCUACGCGCGGGCCCUCGCCGACUCGCUCUUCCUCCCCUACGACCUCGUCCAGGACGCGCGCGGCGCCGCCGCGGUGCGCGCCGACGACGGCCAGGUCUACACCGUCGAGGAGAUCGUCGCCAUGGUGCUCCACUACGCCUCCGGGAUCGCCGACGCCCACGUCGGCCUGCCCGUGCGGGACGCCGUCGUCGCCGUGCCGCCCUACUUCGGCCAGGCCGAGCGCCGGGCCCUCACGCAGGCGGCCCAGCUCGCCGGCUUCAACGUCCUGGCGCUCGUCAACGAGCACGCCGGGGCCGCGCUGCAGUACGGGAUCGACAAGGACUUCUCCAACGAGUCGCGCCAUGUCAUCUUUUACGACAUGGGCUCAGGCAGCACCUACGCCGCGCUCGUCUACUACUCGUCCUACAACGCCAAGGAGUUCGGGAAGACGGUGUCUGUCAAUCAGUUCCAGGUUAAGGAUGUCAGAUGGAACUCCAAACUUGGAGGCCUUGAAAUGGAAAUGCGCCUGGUUAACUAUUUUGCCGAUCAAUUUAACAAGCAGCUUGGCAAUGGGGAUGACAUCCGUCAGUCUCCUAAAGCAAUGGCCAAGUUGAAGAAGCAGGUCAAGCGAACCAAAGAAAUUCUGAGCGCAAAUACUGCUGCUCCGAUCUCAGUUGAAUCUCUAUAUAAUGAUAUCGAUUUCAGGAGCACCAUAACACGUGAAAAAUUUGAAGAGCUUUGUGCAGAUUUAUGGGAGCAGGCUCUGACUCCAAUCAAAGAUGUGCUCACGCAUUCAGGCAUGAAAAUUGGUGACAUAUAUGCUGUAGAGCUAAUUGGAGGAGCUACCAGGGUACCAAAACUGCAGGCUAAGCUGCAGGAAUUCCUGGGACGAAGUGAGCUAGAUAAGCACCUUGAUGCUGAUGAAGCAAUUGUUCUUGGUGCCUCACUGCAUGCUGCUAAUCUAAGUGAUGGGAUUAAGUUGAACCGCAAGUUGGGGAUGAUUGACGGUUCUACUUAUGGUUUCGUGUUUGAAAUAGAUGGCCCAGAUUAUGUCAAAGAUGAAAGUACUGAUCAAGUACUGGUUCCAAGGAUGAAAAAGAUGCCAAUAAAGUUGUUCAGGUCCAUUAGACAUACUAAGGACUUUGAUGUCUCUCUCAGCUAUGACAAAGCUUCUGAAUUGCCCCCAGGUGUUUCAUCGCACAAGUUUGCAGAGUAUGCCAUAUCAGGCCUGGCAGAAACCAGUGAAAAGUAUGGAAGCCGCAAUUUAUCUGCACCCAUCAAAGCAAAUCUACAUUUUUCUUUGAGUAGAAGUGGAAUUAUUUCUCUUGAUAGGGCAGAAGCAGUGAUUGAGAUAACUGAAUGGGUUGAAGUUCCAAAGAAGAACGUAACACUAGAGACUAAUACCACCGAUGAGACUUUGUCUGCUGAAUCAGGAACAACUGAUAGUACAACAGAUAGUAAGGAGAAUUCUAGUUCAGGAAGUGAUGCUGAUAAUUCGAGCACUACCAAUGAUGAGACCAAUGUGCAAGAUACUAUUACAGAGAAGGUGCUGAAGAAAAGAACCUUCAGGGUUCCAUUAAAGGUCACUGAAAAAACUGCUGGUCCUGCAUCAACCCUUUCAAAGGAACUGUAUUCUGAGGCAAAAAGUAGGUUAGAUGUACUUAACAAGAAGGAUGCUGAGCGGAGGAGAACUGCCGAAUUGAAAAAUAACCUUGAGUCUUACAUAUACUCUAUGAAGGAAAAGUUGGAGGAAAGCACAGAUAUGUUGGCCGUCUCAACUGAACAGGAGAGGGAAUCUUUUACAGAGAAACUCAGUGAGGUGCAGGAUUGGCUGUAUAUGGAUGGUGAAGAGGCUCAAGCAAAUGAAUUUCAAGAGCGCCUUGAUCAGCUUAAGGCCAUGGGCGACCCAAUUCUUUUCAGAAUGAGUGAGUUAAAAGCCCGACCAGCAGCUUGCGGAAGUGCUCGAUUGUAUCUUACUGAGCUACAAAAGAUUGUUAAGAACUGGGAGACAAGCAAAUCAUGGCUUCCAAAAAAGAGAGUAGAUGAGGUCGUAAGCGAAGCGGAUAAGCUGAAAGCUUGGUUGGAGGAGAAGGAAGCCCUACAGAAGAGUACCCCUGCCCACAGCUCGCCUGCCUUCACAUCUGAAGAGGUCUAUCAGAAAGUUUUAACCCUACAAAAUAAGGUCUCUAGCGUCAAUAGGAUCCCAAAACCAAAACCCAAGGUUGAGAAGAAACCCGCCGCAAAGGAAGAAGCUAACAAGGAGAAGACGGACUCUUCAGAAUCUGCAUCCAGCGAGUCUGAAUCCACCGAGAAGUCAUCGGAAUCAGAUGCAUCGGAAAAGACUAACGAUUCGGAACCGGAAUCCCAUGACGAAUUGUGAUUAUUAGAAUUGGCUUUUGAACACCCCCGAGAGAUACUACUCAAUAUACUCCCGAGAAGAUAGUUUGUCACCACCACAGUUGUGUUUGGCGGCUGAAAAGACAGAGAGGUUUGUGUAGGAAUUCACGGCAGGCUAGAUGCUAUAUGGGCGAGAAGAAUUUGAUAUCAAUCGCUGUAUAGCAGUAUUGUGGACUCUAGGGCAUAUGCUGUCAAGAUAGCGCCUCGAAAGGCUUAGUUGUCAGGACUGAGAAGACUUUGUAGCUGCAUUGUUGUACUGGAAACUCAUUUAUAUUUUGAUAACAGCUACUAUAGAGAUUUUAUGUUUGGUAUC